AUGUCCAUCUUCGCCCUCUUACCACCUUUGCCGCCCUUCCUUUUCUCUGCACUCGUCGUGAGCGGCCUCGCCUCCAAGGCCUUACAUAUUGCGCUACAUAUUCGGUCCUUACCGUUCCUCUACUUCGUCCUGUAUUCGCCUACACUUAUUCUACGAGAUGUGUUAGUUAUAAUAUUCGUACGGGUCUUGUUACGCUUCCAUGCGCCAGAUAGUCGAUGGCAAUGGCUCUCGACUGGGCUGGGAGGGGCACUGUCCUUGAUCACAUGGGGUGCUUCCUCCAUCCAGUUCGGAUUCUUUAUGCAGACCGGUGCCGAGGUCGCCUGGGCAGCUGGCGGUAGCUUCCUGAGCGAUCCGGCCGCCAUGAAAAUUCUCCUCAGCGGUGUCUCGACUGUAUCCGCUGCGGCCACCUUCCUCGGACUGAUUGCGUGGUUGCUUCAUUCACAUUUGUACAACAUCACCGGUCUUGGCUUGCAGGCAAUCCGAGACCUGUGCGUGGGGGGAUUCAAAGCGCGUUAUACAUUGAUUUCUGCCCCCAGCAAAUCGUGCAUGGCCUCGAUAGACCUCCGGUCGUUCCGUCGCAUUAUUCCCACAGUUGCCAUCUGUGUAUCGCUCCUUUUCUUGGAACUAACUAGGCCCGCUAUACCGUAUGACCAUCUAUCCGGAGCUCUGCCGCUCACACUGCUCGAUGCUUUCCAGAAAAAGACUGCGACGGUGGAGGGAUGUCGCGAGCCUGCCAUGCCAUUCCCUUUGUUGAUCACGGACGGUGAGGGGUUCUCCCGUCCUCAGUUCCAACCGGACUCGACGUUUGUGGAACAGUGGUCACGGGCUACCUGGCUCCCAGAAAACCCACCCCGAGGAUUCAGCCGCUGGGAUCUCAGCCCGAGUGAUCGUGCAGAGAAAGACAACCAUUAUUCUUUUGUAUGUGCCGGUGAUCAGGGCGCAUUCUACAAUCCGAAGAAUGACCCCCUGAUGGUCACGAAUCUGGGCGGUGAAAUUUAUGAGCCCCUACAAAAGGCUUUUAAAGAGCACUCCGUUGAGGUCAACCAUGUUGUGCUAUUAACGCUCGAAAGUGGCCGCAAAGAACUUUUCCCCGCACAACAGGGCACACCCCUGUUCGAUGGUCUUCUCGCGUCCCAUAAGAAGCAGAACAUCAACGAGGCAAUCGAUCGUAUGGUCAACAUGACCCCGGUCGCUCAACAGUUGACCGGCGAGUACGCAACCGAUAGCAAGGGGAACAAGGUCGACUUGAGCCACUCUUCGUGGAAGAACCCGCCACAAGAAGGUAUGGGUGGACUUAAUGUCCGUGGUGCCGUGACAGGUAGUUCAUUGACAUUCAAGAGUGUUUUGGGAAGUCACUGUGGCGUGAACCCUUUGCCAGUGGAUCUUCUGGAGGAGUCUAUGCUUGAAAUUUAUCAGCCGUGCUUGCCCCAGAUUUUUGAUCUGUUCAAUCAAGGCAAGCCGCAAUCGGGAAAGCUCCCCCAGAACUCUUCUUCCGAGAGCAAAUCCGCGGCUCUUAAGAACCCCUGGAAGUCUGUAUUCAUGCAGUCAAUUACCGAUGACUAUGACCGUCAGGACGUGCUGAACAAAAACAUGGGCUUUAAGCACAAGGUCGUCAAGAGUGACAUGCAAUCCCCCCACGCGAAGCACAAAGUUCAGGGCGAAGAGAUCAACUACUUCGGAUAUGCGGAGACUGAGCUCCGACCCUACGUGUUGGACCUGUUCGAGGAGGCUGCAAACAACAAGACCCGCAUGUUCCUUUCACAUGUCACCAGCACAACCCACCACCCCUGGAGUACUCCAGACGACUUCGAGAAAGAACCAUACAUGAGCGACCAGGGAAACAUCAACCACGACCUGAUGAACAACUACCUGAAUGCCGCCCGGUUCGUCGAUAUCUGGCUCGGGGACAUCAUGGCCAUGCUUGACGAGACAGGCAUUGCCAACGAGACUCUAGUCGUUGUCGUCGGAGACCAUGGCCAAGCCUUCGGCGAAGAUAAUAAGGACAUGACCGGCACGUAUGAGAAUGGCCACAUUAGCAAUUUCCGCGUACCCUUGGUUUUCCACCACCCGCACAUGCCUCGAGUGGACAUCACCGCCAACGCAACCGCCCUCUCCAUCGUCCCCACCAUUUUGGAUCUUCUCGUCCAAUCCAACUCCCUGGACGAGCGCGACUCCGAGAUCGCCUCUUCCCUCCUCCCGGAGUAUCAAGGCCAGUCUCUCAUACGUCCUUUCCUCUCUUCUAUGGAGGAACCACCCCACCGCCGUGACCACCACCACCACCACCAUCCCCCGCCAGAUGAGCAGCCAGAGCACGAGCCAGAACACCCCCAGCUCGAAGCCAGGUCCCACCCAGAGAGCCCAGCCAAGCGUAUCGUUUGGAACAUGGGAUUGAUCAACGCCGGUGGCUCGAUGCUCUCCGUUAUGGCAGCCGAUGUUCCCUACCGUCUCAUUCUUCCCCUGAAGGAUGGCUUCGAGUACACAUUUACCCACCUAGGCGAAGACCCCGGUGAAACCCACCUCACCAAGGCGUGGACUCUUGAAACCCUCAUCAAAGAGGUCAAGCCUAAAUUUGGCCAAGCGUCCGCUGAUUGGCUCAAGGAUGCUGAGCUAGUUGGCAAGUGGUGGGUGAGUGAACAAAAACGCAUUUGGGGUUACCGUGAAGCCUAG